AUGGCUGUGGAAGGGCAUAGAAAGCCUAGUUUGCAGAGUAUGGUAGGGUCGACAGCACUCCUCUCUGAUAUACGUCCAAGACCUGGCCUCGAGGUUACAUCUCCAGUCUUCAAUGUGGCUAAAGACUGCUCUUCCGAGUCGCUGAUGGAGAAUAGACUCUUGCAAAGACGCAAUGGUAGUGCCAAACCACGGCUUCCGAGUUUUCGGGGGUUAGGGAUCCCAUCGUUCGAACCGCAGUCCAUUCCCAACAACCACGCUCUUGGAACAUGUUUUCCGGUUGGGAGGAGAGAAGUCGCCGAACAUACUAGUCUAAAAGCUGUCGACAAUCAACUUCGUCGAACUGGAUCCACCCCGCUACUGACUCCACCAGCGGAACUCGACUCACUAAAAUGGACCAGCAGCGCUACGAUCCCUCUGCCCGUGCCUACCACGUCCCAAUCGAGGUUCACGCUCCCACCUCAUGCCUUGACAACGUCGGUAGAGGGUGCUUCAUUGUCAGAAAGGGGCGGGCGAGCCGAGAAUGUGUCCUUGGGGGCUUCCAGCACCAGCGGAGCCGAGCAGAAUCUGCAAACAACCAGCUCUAACCCAGCGCAGCCCGCAUAUGAAAGUAGAGGAUCGAGUUUAUGGCUUGAUAGGUCCGUUGGCGCCACGGGUGAGAAGAUCCACUAUUUCAUGAUGUGCCAGAAAGUACUAAUCUCCAUACAUGCAGUGGUUUGCAUUGAUCCUUCGAAUUCGUCUUCCAAUACCGUUCAAAUCGUCUCGCAGACGCUGCCCAGUCCAGCCAAAGAAACGGCCAGGCCUAAUGCCAUGUUCACAGAAGUGAUUGCCGCAAUACAAACACGGUUUGCUACUGGUGCUCAGCCAUACAUCACCAUCACCCAUGCCGUUCCACCACGAUUCGACCUCCUCAAUCUGCCCAGUUCUCCACCAUCCACCCCAAAUCUAUCCGCGGCCAGAGACGACUAUUUCGCACAGUCGGUCUUUGCUCAUGCCGCAGUAGUCCCAUCCUACCAUGUGCCCAACAACAGCUUGGCAACAUCCGCUCCCUCUUCUCCCAACCCGAUAGUACCACCAUCGAGUGUGCAGAUCUCUGUCUUAGAACGUUACAUUCCACCUUCAUCACCACAAGAGUGCAAGGAUCUGUUCUCCUUGAGUGGUCAGUCGGUCUUGAUAGAUCGACUGGCAGAACUCUCGAUGGACAAAGGCAGCAUGCUUUUCAUCUACCCUACGCGAACUGGAGCUGACGCAUUCACAAGCAAAUACCUUAGCCGUAUUCUGGACCCUCUGCUGCGCGCUCUCGUUGAAGUGCAUCAGCUUUCCUAUGGUCUCGCAGAAUCCUUGAGCAGCAUGGCUGCCGUUCCUGAUAUGUAUGAAUUCGAAGCUCUGAAAGGCAAAGUUGUUGGUCUUUGCCGUCGAAUGACUCAUCGGAUCACGUCUGAAAGCAAAAGGAGCAAAUUCGACCUUGUCUGUGCCAGUACUGGUGAAGUCUUCAUUGACAGAAGAACCUGGACCGAGUGGUAUCUGAAGCAGGAGCACACACGUUUCAAACGUACGUUAGAGAAGUAUUGGGGCAGAGGCAAGCGACUUUCUCAGAUGGACUCUGCCAGCGCUGGCACUGUAUUGAGAGAGUUCAUCGACGGAGUGAACAAGAUGACGGAUGAGGAAGCCGAACAAACAGGGCCAGCAAUCGAGUUUGGUGUCUUUGUCAUCCGAAGGACUCAUAUGGCAUCUUCAGGCUGA